AUGAACUGUCCAGCGAAGACCGACCCAAUCGUCAGCGAUGGCCACAACCAGAAUCCGGAUGUCCUCUGUCCGGAGCUCACGACUAGGAGUGAUCUGGGCCGGAUAGCCAACGCUCGGAAGCAGAGGGACUACAGGCUGUCCGAUCCACAGCUGUCGUCGAAUGCCGAGAUAAUACCUCAGCCCCCCGUGGGCCAGACUGACAACGAGUUGAUGGACGGUGGAGAUGGUGGGGUGGUGCGGGAGGAAGAGCAUAAGAAGGAAGAGCACAAUUCAGAGGCCAACGGACAGGGUAGGGAUGCAGGUGGACGAGCUCCCGGGAGUCCAUGGAAACGACUGGGGUCGAAGACUCUUGGGGUACUUCGCAAGUAUCUCAGAUUCAUGGGGCCCGGCUUCAUGGUGUCUGUGGCAUACAUCGACCCCGGCAACUACGCAACAGACGUCGCAGCUGGAGCCAGCUACCGCUUCAAACUCCUCUUCAUGAUCCUGCUAUCCAACAUCUUCGCCAUUUUCCUGCAGUCGCUAUGUAUCAACUUGGGCACCAUCACAGGCAUGGACCUGGCGCAGAUGACCCGCGCCCACUGUCCUCGCUGGCUCAAUUACCUCAGCUACUUCUUCGGCGAGAGCGCCAUCAUCGCCACCGACAUGGCUGAAGUUAUUGGGACGGCGAUGGCCUUGUACAUGCUUUCCAAUGGCAAGAUCCCGCUGGUCGCGGGUUGCGCCAUUUCCAUCAUUGACGUUCUUUUCAUUCUGGUCUUCUACCGGCAAAAUGGUUCGGGCAUGACGGCCAAACGACUUUUCGAAUUCUUCGUUGCACUGCUCGUUCUGGGAGUGGUCAUCUGCUUUUGUAUUCAGCUUUCCUACAUCACAGGCGUGACGCCAGGAGAGGUGUUCCAUGGCUACGUCCCAUCUUCCGCGCUCGUGGAAGGGCAAGGUCUCUACCAAGCGUGCGGUAUCCUAGGAGCCACCGUCAUGCCACACUCCCUCUACCUCGGCAGCGGACUCGUGCAAGACCGCCUCAAAGACUUCGACCGGAGCAAUAACAUCCUCACCCCAGACCAGAUGGAAGCCUACGACGACGACGACCUCAAGGACGACCACUACCGCCCCUCCAUGCAAGCCAUUCAGAGCUGCCGCAGCUACUCCAUCGCCGAAUGCGGCAUCUCGCUCUUCACCUUUGCGCUCUUCGUCAAUAGCGCCAUUCUCAUCGUUGCAGGCGCAUCUCUGUACGACGUCCAGGGCGCCGCAGACGCCAGCCUCUUUGGCAUCUACGACCUGCUCUCUACCUCGCUCGCGCCCGCAGCAGGGAAGCUCUUCGCCGUUGCCCUGCUCCUCUCGGGCACCUCCGCGGGUAUCGUCUGCACCAUCGCCGGCCAGAUGGUUAGCGAAGGCCAGCUCCGCCUCACCAUGAAACCAUGGAAGCGUCGCCUCAUCGUCCGCUCCAUCUCCAUCGUGCCCUCCAUCAUCGUUGCGGGCGCACUUGGGAAAGCCGGGGUCGAUAACGCGCUUGUCGGGUCUCAGGUGGCGCUGAGCAUCAUCUUACCAUUUGUUUCUGCGCCGUUGGUUUGGUUUACUUGCUUUGGGAAAUACAUGACUGUCACGGCUGAUCGAAUUCACGACUUGAGCGUUGGACGAGGCGCCGACGAAAAUGAAGGGAACGAGGACGGAAGGAGUCAGACGAGCGUGAACAUGCGCUCGCAUCCUGUAGUGGCGUUUUUGGCGGUACUGAUUUGGGGCAUCAUUGUGUUUAUGAACGUGGCGCUGAUUGUGCUGCUGGGGUUGGGUAAGACGUGA